AUUGAGAGUAAAAAGCGUUGUCCAAAUUCAAGGGGCGCCAACUGCAGUUGUGCUAUAUGGAUAAAAAGAAAUUGCGGAAUCAUUUAAAAAGGGGUGCCUUUAAAAAAUUGGCACAUAGAUUUUGUUAAAAUCCUAAAGUUGCAACACAUAGGCUUAUCUCCGAGUAUCUUGAAGACUACUACGCUGGUUUCGCGAUAGUAAAGCACGGAAAUGGAACCCCCUCCUUGGUCUCUCCUUCGUCUUCAGGUAUCGGAGGGGGAGAGACAAGAUAUUAUACUUGUUUACCAUGGUAACGCUGAGGAAGACGUACGCUUUACACCAUCUGAAGAGCCACUCUUUUUGCAAUUAGGACGUGAAACCCGGUCGUGGCGAGGCGAUGCGGGAUUCGAUUUGGGACAGUUGAGUACCGCUGUCAACGCAGUCCAGGCUCGUCAAGGCGCUGACUAUCCUGAGCUCUUACGGGCCCCAUCUGUCAGAGAUGGAAUUGAUCCGUUAUCCCUUGUCGGGCGUGUCAGGAGGGGCGUGUCGCAAAUUCCAUCUGAUUGGCGUCCCCGUCUCAUCGCCGUACUUCAACCUCUAACCAUAAUCGCCGGUAUUUUAACAGUGGUCAUGUGGGCUACUACAGCUUUUAGUCCGGAUCUAUUUAGAGGCCACUCGACUCCUCACUCGAAACUACACGUACCAAGUAUAGAGUCGACUGCAGACUCGUAUCUUUUUCAGCCACAUACUCUCAUCAAAACUAUCCGGAUGACAAGAAACUUAAGGGAUUUACUUCUCAAGCACCACAAGCCUUUGCACGAUAGUUGGGCCGUACUUGACGAGAAAUUUGAUUUGGAGGUGGAAACAACAAUUAAUAAACUGAACAUGCUCCUUACCCCAUCUUCAGCAUUAAACUCACCAAGCAAUAUUUACUCUACCGGGGACUACGAAGCAAGUCCGGCAGAAAUUCUCAAUAUGCUAAACGCUUUGCACACUAACCUUCGGGCACAUGGGCAGCAUCGGAAGUCUUGGGACAACGAGGCGUUAGCUAAAUGGAUAAACAUGGCAACUUGGUGGAGCUGGGGGGAGCCCGACUUUGAUCCCUGGAACUACCUACCGGAAUCAAUUUCAGGCAACGAUACCGCCACCAUCCUAAAUACCUUUACAUCAGUCAUCAUACCGCAAAAUUCUCGUAUUUAUCACUUGGUCGACGAGAUUCUCUGUUCUGGCUACGACAGCUUACUUCCCUGGCAAGGCAUGCGCGCUCACUACGCGCAAGCUCAUGACAGCCUGGCCUUGCUUCUCGAAGAUGUUGGCGGUAUUCUAUCCCCACUGGCUCGUAGGGGGGAACACCGGUUUAGUAAGAAAGGAGAGAUAGACAACCUAGUCGAGGAAUUUUUAUCGACUGCUCAAUGGGCUUAUAACACAGUCCAGGUCGGGUUGGGCGCCGCGCGGACCCUUGAUGUAGAGAUAGGGUCGAUUUGCGCAACAAUUACGCAAGCCGCCCAGAUCGAAUGGCGCGUUCUAGCUCGGGAUAAUAGCUUGCUAUUUCGGCAAUUCGUACCGGACGGUGAUAAAGAUAAUGUGAUAGAAGUAUGGCUCACAUGGCCACCUACUACCGAGGCCAUUGCUGAUCUGACAGACGCAACAAGUAUUGUUUGGGGCAGUCGUUUCCGAAAUCGCUGAAGACGUUUAGACAGUCCUCGUCAUUCAGGAGGGGAUAAUCAUUAAUUACACUAAGUCAUGAAUUGUAAAAUAACUCUAAACAUAUAUGUAUUAACUACGUCAUACAUCAAUAGAAUGAAUGAGCUAUGGCGCUAGGGAGAUGACAUUUUCCGGUUCACUUUUAAAACUGCAAUCUAUACUCUAUGGUCGAGCUGUCCUCUCUAUACUCCUAAUCACUCGUCCAGAAUAGCAGUCCUCUCAGCCGCAAACUUGGUUAAUAGCCAGUUCCCUGCAGUUGUUACCACCGUGUUGCCAGCAUUGGGACUGAAUACCAUUGAUUGUUGAAAAUACGCUAUAUAGACAAUCCUCGUACGCAGAUGAGCCUACACACUUUGGAUUACAUCUGGGACAAGCGUCGGCGUAAGAACCAGCCUGCUUUUCGCAAAUUGACAAGUCUGGGGAUCCAGAAGGUGCUGGAGUGUCGCUGACGGCUGGGGUAGAUGUCUAUCGUCGAGGUCAACACUUUGCUCGAGAUAGAUUUUCCGGGAACAUACCUGAGCUAGCGCUACUGCUGGCAGUGCCAGAGUAACGAUUGAUGCGAACUUCAUGGUGCCGGAUGAAUGCUAUGGAAGCCUUGCGUGAGUAUCGAAUGGAAAAGAUCAAUGGAGUUAUAUUUGAGAGUAAAGCUGGUAGUGGUCUUUGAAG